AUGGUUGCUUCUCGUCUAUUUUUACGGGGUGCAUCCGGAUUCCGGGCAUUCUCUACAUCGCGUAUUCUCCAAUCGGAACUAUCGUAUCAAGCUUUUGGCCCGGAGAAGGAGCAAGCCAGUCGGAGUCCAAUUCUCUUCUUGCAUGGUCUCUUUGGCUCCAAACAGAACAAUAGAAGCAUCAGCAAAGCUCUUGCACGUGACCUCGACCGUCAAGUCUUCACUCUGGAUUUGAGAAAUCAUGGACAUUCUUUCCAUCAUCCAGAGCAUAACUACUCUGCCAUGGCGGAUGAUGUGGAGAAGUUCAUCCAUCAGCACGACCUGGCCAAGUGUAUCCUGAUCGGGCAUUCCAUGGGAGCGAAGACUGCAAUGACUGUUGCGCUACGGUCUUCCGAUCUGGUAUCGGCUCUUAUCCCAGUCGACAACGCGCCCGUCAACGCUCCGCUGAAGAGUGACUUUGGGAAGUACGUGCGCGGCAUGCAAGAGGUCGAAUCGCAGAAAGUUACGAAACAAUCGGACGCGGACAAGAUUCUGCGAGAGUACGAAGAGGCCCUCCCUAUCCGCCAAUUUCUCCUGACCAAUCUAAUCCGCGGGGAGGACAACCAAACCAUGAAAUUCCGCAUUCCCCUCUCAGUGCUGGGACCAGCGAUCCCCGCCAUGGCUGAUUUCCCAUUUUCUGAGCCUGGCUCCAUCACCUACGACGGCCCUACGCUCUUCGUUAGAGGCACAAGGAGUAAAUAUGUGAGCGACGACACGAUCCCCGCCAUCAAGAAAUUCUUCCCGAACGCCGAGAUAGCCGACGUCGAGGCAGGCCACUGGCUGAUUUCGGAGAAUCCGGAGGCUUUCAGACAAGCUGUUGUCAAGUUCUUGAAGAACGUCUCUUAG